AUGGCUUUGGAAAGGUCUGCAUUGUGCAAGUUGGCUCAAAAGAACUUAGAGCGGAAGAAAAUGGAGCUGUUGGAGAAAGAGCUCAAGAGAAGGAGGCAAACAGAAACAUCCUUGCAGCUGCCUCCACAGACAGUUGACACUGAGAAUGCAGAAGAAGCAAGCUUUAGCCUACUGCCUGUCAAUGGCACAACCUCCAGUGUGCAGAGAAAACACCCUGGUAGUGCCUUGAAGAAGAAGGUCUUGAGGAAGCAGGACAACGUGCCCUUACUGCCCAAUAUGCCCAUCAUCCAUGGGGAUGGCAUCUUCCCAUGCAAGUUUUCGGUGACCUGGCAGACGGCCACUGGUGCCAAGCGUCGAGAGGAGCCGCUGUGUGGGAACAGGCAGAAGGACACAGCCUCUUGUGACCCACAGCAGGCCUUGCUCAAGGCACUCUCCUUGCUGGGCAGCAAUGACUGGGAGCUGAAGGAGAAGGCACUCUCCAGCAUCCAACAGCUGGCUGGGUCCCAUUCAGAAGUCGUGCUUUGUAGACUUUGUGAAAUUUGCCUGGCAGUCACCAGCGAGGUGAGCAACCUCCGCUCCAAGGUGUCCUACGCUGCAAUCAUCACUCUUGGAGAGCUCUUUGCAACCUUGAAGAAGGACAUGGACUCCGAGGUGGAUGAGGUUGCUCAGGUCCUGCUCCUGAUGGUUUGGAAUUCCCCAGAGUUUGUUGAGAAAGCAGCCAAUCAGACCCUGGGGAUCAUGGUUGAGAAUGUGACUCCUGCACAAGCACUGGCUGCUCUCAUGGACAGGGGAGCCAAGAGCCGCUACGUCCAGGUGCAGAAGUGUGCGGCCAAACUCCUCCUGUCCUUGAUGGGGACAAUUGGAGUCACGAAGCUCGCAGACACACCCUGGGCUGAGAGCCUGGCGCAGGUGGCAGGGAAGCUUGCUCAGGAUGGUCACAAGGACACAAGGCACUAUGGACAGGAGAUGGUGAAGAUGUUGCUAAGUCAUCAAAAAUUUAAAAGGCUUUUGGAGCAAUCUGUUUCUACCUGUGACCUGGAAGAUAUUCUGACAAGAAUUAAGAAGAAACGAUUCCUCAAAGAAGCCCCAGGCCACAUUGCCUUCAGUAAACGGGUGAAGUCUACCUCUGAGGGACGCCUCCUACACCGUACAAAAGCCCAGGUCACGUUACCUCCAUCUGUGGAAGAAACGGAGCUGCUCCAGAAGCUUUACAAUCUCCUGGAAGCCAAGGGGUUUCAGACACGGCUGGAAGGAGUGGCAUUCCUUCUCAAGCUGUGCAAAACCAGCCCCCAGCUCAUCUCCACUAACAUUGUCCAAAUUUUUGAUUAUUUUGUCCUGAGAAUAUCUGACAGCCACAAGAAGGUGAAGCAGAAGGUGCUGGACGUGCUGUCAGAAAUCAUAGGCAUCCUAUGCCUUGAGCCCGGUGAUCAUCCAUUUGGUAGAAGGAAUUACAAAGAACUGAACUCAAAGGAUCCCGGGGUUCAUGCUGCAGCUGUGAAAGCACUGGAAGAAUCUAUUUCUCAUUUAGUGCUUGUGGAAUGGGUUUAUCCCAGGAGCCCUGAAGUCGUCCAGCGCUCCGCCCUGCCCGUGCUCUGGUCCUUCCUGGGGAACAAGGCGCUGCCUGUCCGAAGAGCCAAUGUCCGCACUGUGGUCACCAAGCUUGCCUCUGCCCUCCACGAGGUGAUGGGCACCAAGCUGAGGAAGUGUGCUGCCAGCCAGCCUCCACAUGUUAAAUGCGUGGGGGGCCUGAAGCAAUUUCUGAUUGAGGACCAGAUGAAGGCUGAGCAGGACUCUGCCUCACACACAGACCUGACAGGCUCCUCUCUUACCAAGAAGUUUUCUCUGCAUACUUCCUAUGUGUCCUUACCCACAAAGUCCUUGCCUCCCGUCCUGAAGAGCUCUAUGUCCACCGAGUCCAGGAAGAAGCUGCUGCCUCUCAGAAGAGUGAUUGAAGAAUAG